AUGUCUGCCGACAAUGUAACGGAACGGGAUGAAAAGGCAGAGCCCAAGGCUUGCACCUCUCGGCGACUGACGGAUAAAAACGUCUCCGCAGAGGUGGUCACCGAAAUCGAGGGGUUCCGAGUGUUUGGUCUGUCCUCAGAAGACAUAGAUUUCUACAAUGGUUUCAAUGCCGAGAAGCGAAAGCGUGUUGUACGCAAGAUCGACCUCCGCCUUAUUCCCGUGUUGACCAUCCUAUACUUGAUAGCCCACAUUGACAGAGCCAAUAUUGGCAAUGCCAAGAUCGAGGGCUUAAUUGAGGAUCUGGGGCUCACGGGCACCCAAUACAAUGUCGCCCUGACAGCGUUCUUCCCUCCUUACAUCCUGUUCAUGUUGCCAAGUAACAUCCUACUGAGAAAAUUCCGCCGGCCGUCUCUCUACAUUGGGACGUUGAUUUCAAUCUGGGGCACAGUUGUGACCUGCACCGGCUUGGUUCGCAAUUUCCCUCAGCUCGUCGUGGCUCGGUGUUUGUUAGGGCUCUUCGAAACUGGCUUCUUCCCAGCAGCAGUCUAUAUCUGCAGCCGAUGGUACAUGCCAAGAGAUUUAGCAAGUCGCGUCUCUUACUUCUACUGCGCGUCUGCUUUCUCAGGGGCUUUCUCAGGACUCCUAGCUGGUGCCAUUGCCCAGUUAGAUGGUCGCGCUGGUUACCAUGGUUGGCAGUGGAUUUUCCUGGUCGAAGGCCUAUUUACCGUGGGUCUCGGAUUAGCCUGUCUCUAUCUCUUGAUUGACUCGCCGAAUUUGUCACGCAAAUGGCUCAACGCAGACGAGGCCCGGUUUCUUAACCUCCAGAGCUUUAUCAAACAAGGCGGAAAGCUGCAGUGGAUUCAGGAACAGCGGGGUCAAUUGUGGAGGGAUGUCAAGGAUGUCCUGAUGAACUGGCGGCUUUAUGUGCAUGGCUCGUUCCUAAUCGUCAACACAUCAUGCUCGUAUGGAAUAAAAUUCACCCUCCCCACCAUCAUGAAGGCCAUGGGACACAGCACCAUGAACGCUCAAUUCUUGUCUGCGGCACCUUAUGUUGCGGGAGCCUUUUCUGCUCUCCUCUGCGGCAAGCUGUCUGACCGCUUCAACUGGAGAAUGCCUUUUAUCGCAAUCCCCGGCGCUUUCAUCUUGAUCGGGUACUCCGUAAUGCUAUCCCUCAACGGAGCACUCGCCACCAACGCCCACGCCGUCUGGCCUGCAAUCGUCCUGGCCAUGAUAGGCAUUUAUCCGAUCCAGCCCGCAACUCAGGCAUGGAAUGCGAACAAUAUCGCUCCAUCCAGCCGAAGGGCAGUCGGUGUGGCCCUGACGAACUCGGUUGGGAACAUUGGCGGCAUCAUUGGUAGCUUCAUGUACUUGGAAAGCCAAGCCCCGCGUUACGAGACCGGCUUUGGGCUGAGUCUGGCUCUCGGGGCUUACGCUUUGCUUGCGGCCUUGCUGUUGGAGUGGAAUUACAUAAUCACUAAUGCAAAGAAGCAAAGGAUGGCUGCGGACGGUUCGCAGGGCGAUGCAGAUUUGCUGGCUAUGGGGGACAAGAGCCCGCUGUUCAAACAUGUGCUGUAA